CUUCCGGUCCGAAACCGUUCACUUAAAAGCCGUCAGAGUUUUCAUUUUAAAUGAGGAUUUAACGCCCCCCUGCCGUCUCGUGCGUCUUGACGUCAUUGCGUCAGAGAAAUGACGUCGUAAAAAAAAAAAAAAAAAGCUCACCGCGAGGAAGAGGGCGAGCGUCCCGCAACAGGACAGGUAAACUCAUCGCCAUGACGACAGAGCAAAGCGAACCACAGGAGGCGGAAUCUGUUCCGGAAGCCGCCGCCCACUCCACGCCCAUUCAGGUAGGGGAGGGCGGGGCAUCCCAUUAUCAAGGUAGUUUAUUGGCGGAUGAGUCAACCGGUCACCUGUCACCGGGCAGUCGAGUCGCUCCCUCGCCGGUCAGGAACCCUCUGAACUUCAGGACUAUGCAGGCCAAAGUCACCCUGCUGGACGGCACCUUGUUUACCUGCACUGUGGAGAAACGAGCUCGCGGUAUCCAGCUGUUUGACAAGGUCUGCGAGCAUGUCAACCUGCUGGAGCGGGACUACUUUGCCUUGUCCUUCAGAGACGCCGACAACUACAAGAACUGGUUGGAUCCUGGGAAGGAGAUGAAGAAACAGGUCAGAGGUGUCCCCUGGCACUUCUCCUUCAACGUCAAGUUUUACCCCCCGAACCCCGCCCAGCUCUCUGAGGACAUCACCAGGUACUUCCUGUGUCUGCAGCUCAGACAGGAUAUCGUGUCCGGUCAACUUCCGUGUUCAUUCGCAACUCACACUGUCCUCGGCUCCUAUACCGUCCAAUCAGAGCUGGGAGACUACGACCCAGAUGAAUGUGGCUCGGACUAUGUAAGCGAACUUUGUUUUGCUCCCAACCAAAGCAAGCAAAUGGAGGAGAAGAUCAUGGAGCUACACAAAAGUUACAGAGGAAUGACACCAGCUGAAGCUGAGAUGCACUUCCUGGAAAACGUGAAGAAACUUUCAAUGUAUGGAGUUGACCUUCAUCACGCAAGGAUGGUAGGAAGCCGCUUUGAUUGCUUGUCUUCAGGUCGCUCCGAGGACUCGGAGGGCGUGGCCAUCAUGCUGGGCGUGUGCAGUAGUGGCCUGCUUGUCUACAGGGACCGGCUGAGGAUCAACAGGUUUUCAUGGCCAAAGAUCCUGAAGAUCUCCUACAAAAGAAACAACUUCUACAUCAAGAUACGGCCUGGAGAGUUUGACCAGUUUGAAUCAACGAUUGGUUUCAAGCUGCUAAACCACAGAGCAGCCAAGAGAUUGUGGAAAGUGUGUGUGGAGCAUCACUCCUUCUUCAGGCUUGUGUCUCCGGAAGAACCUCCAAAGCGUUUUCUCACCCUCGGGUCCAAGUUUCGCUACAGCGGUCGUACCCAGAUCCAAAGUCGCAGAGCCAGCGCUCAGAUCUCCAGACCGGCGCCCAAUUUCCCACGAUGCAUCAGCAAGAGGAACAUGCUGAGUCGCAGCCUGGAUGGAGCUCCGAGUGCCACGCCCACCUCCUCUCUCAAUGGCUCUCCAGCCAUCACAGCCAAUGGAAACUCAAAAACAGACAUGGGCACUGGACUGUACGCAGUGUCUAAAACCAUCACCGCCAGUGACCUCAUCACCACAGUCACCCCUGAGAAGAGGAUGGAGGAGCACAUGGAUGAAGGAACCAAUCAGAUGAGAGCUUUUAGAGCAGGUGAGUACAACCGAGAGACAGGUUUACAUCUUCACUUGGAUCCAUUGCGUCCUUAUUUUGUUGUUGCAGUUGAGGAGGUGCAGGACAGCGUGGAGGUGGAGCAAGAGCCGGAACCAGAGGUGGCCCAAGAGGCCGAGAAGGAGGUGGAGCAGGAGGUGAAGCAACAGGACAACGAGGAGAUCACAAACGUAAUAGAGGUCCCUCAAAGUCCGCUUACUUCUGAGCAACUGGAUGACAACCACAAAAAUACAGAGCUGACAGAGACUGUGGAUGGAGACCUAACAGCCACUGAGUCCGACCAGGAUGAAGACUUAAAAAGUGAACAGGAAAUCGUUGCCAGUCCAGAAAAGGUUGAGAAACCCGCAAGUACCAUCAGCGAUCUUAGACGCUCCUUCUUAGAGGGAGGGGGGCCGUUGGGAGGGCUGACCGAAUGGGAAAAACGGCUGGCGGCGUCGCCUGUUCGCCGAGCGGAUGACUCGCCCAUGAUUGAGCCCCUGGAAGCAGAAGAACCGAAGCCUCCGCUAACUGAAAUGUCUCCUGAGCUAACCGCUUUGCUGAAUUCGGCCAGAGAACAAAAAACCUUCAUGGAACACAACCUGAUGAAGACCUCAGAAAGAGUCGAGACCAUCAUGGUGGCGUCAGAGGAGGAGCCAAUGACAGAGCAGCACCAGGUAGUGACGGGACGUUUCAUUGGUCCGCCUCCUUGUGAGCCCCCACCCCCUCCACCGGGGGCAUCAGUGAUGCAUGCCGAUGAUGCCAGUGAUGAUAUCGAUCGUCAGUAUAAGUUUGACGAUGCAAGUGACGACGAGCCCAGCAGCCAGGCGAGUGAUGACGAUGACGUUAGCCAGGCUAGCCAAGAUGCUAUCAGCGUGUUAGCUCAAACGGUAGUGGAGGAGGUCAUGGAUACGGCGGUCAGACAGUCCCAAAGCCCCACGGCUGGCAUCACCGAUCCAGACGACGCUGUACAGCUUAGUCCCACCAUGAGGCCCUGUUCCGUGUUGGGCACUCGGCCGGAUACAAGUCUUUCCAUGCGUUACCAUGACGAUGAGGACUCCGAGGAGGUUUCUGAAGAGGAUGAAGGUGAAUGGAGGACUGGAGAAAACUCCCCUUCCCCCACCUCUCCACGUAGUCCCUGUUCCACCAAUGAGAGGCAGCUUUACUACCUCGCCGACCAAGACAAGGAUGGUCAGACCCUGCAGGAGGUGGUUCCUGUCCUGAGGAAGACUUUGACGUACGAAGCUCCAGGGAGGCAAGUGGACUCCGAUCGCCCUGCUGGACUGCUACUGAGUUCCCAGACCUUCACCGCAGAGACGUCCACCACGUCCAGCACCACUCACAUUACCAAGAUGGUGAAUAAAGGGAUUUCAGAAACUAGGAUUGAGAAGAGGAUUGUCAUUUCCGGAGACACCGAAAUGGACCACGAUCAGGCCCUGGCGGAGGCACUCAACGAGGCCCGGCGGCAGCAUCCCGAGCUGUCCGUCACACGGGUCGUCAUCCAUAAAGAAACCGAGGUUGACCCUGAUGAUCGUAUGAUUGAUUAGGGAUAUGACAGGACACUUAAAGGCUGCACUGUGGACGUCGGAACUUGAAAAUUUACCAGAAAAUCACACAUGUAACCAAAUAGAAUGCAAUGAACAUUAGCUUUCCAGUCUGACCUCACUUUCUCGUAGCAAGCAGACAACCUGACCCGCUGUAGUAUUUGCUCAUAGCAGAAAUGUUUUCUUCCGACAAGGUAGCAUGAUUGCCAGCACUGCAUAGCUGCUAAAGCUUUGUUUAUUGUGUUAUUUUAUCAUAGAGACAGGCUACAACACACAAACACAACAAUGAAAACAUGAGCGCCGCACUAUAAUCAAAAGGGCUUUGACGCUAACUGCUUUUAGCUCGCUUAAAAUAGUUACUUCCAAAGCUUGUUGAUAUACUGUGACUUACUUGACAAUUACGCCAAAAUAUUCUUAUGAAAUGUACUCAUAUUCACACCAGCUCAUGACAAUGGGACAUAUGUUAGCUCAGCAUUAGCAUGCUAAUGUUGAGCCAUAUUUCCCCCCAAAAAAGGAAGCUAUUCGUUUGCUGUACAGACAUUUUUGGUUAUAAUAUUAAGUACUUGUACUCUGUCUCUAUGGAAACCUGAUUCUUACUGAAAUACUCGCCUACACUAUGUAUUAUUUGUUCAUUAAACAACACCUGCUGUGUCAUGUUACUUAACUGAAGCAAGACUGAAGGUGGCUUAAUAAAAUGGCUGACAGCUGUU